AUGGCCGUUGCUGUGAGAACGAUUUCGGUACCUUUCCUGUUCCUUGUCUGGCUAUGGACCUUAAUAACAGAAGGAAACCAGUUUGCAGUCGAUUGUUCUUUCGGAAAUGCAGAAGAUCUGACAAGUAACCUCACAAUGUCUGCCACUUUCAAAGGUAGACUUGCGGCAUCGAAAUAUCUAAGCCACUCCUGUGUCGUGAAGACAGACGGAGCAAGCCAACAAAAGCGGUUCCUGCGGGUGAAAGCCAAACUUGUAAACAACGAAUCGAAUGGUAAACAUGUUUCUUUUAUUUAUUUGGACAUUGCUAGUGAUUUUUUUUAAUUCUUAAUUAAUUAAUUAAAAAACGUACGGUUCGUUUUGCACUGAAUAGGCCCACUACAAGUUAAUUCUUAAAUUAGUUCCAUCUUAUAAUCACGAGUUAUGAUGCAUUAUUUUAUACACAAAUUCAAUGAAAUGAGGUCUUCUCCUCGCAUGAUUGAUAAAAAAUUGUCAUUUUAGCUUGAUAUUUUCUUGGAAAAAUGUAUCACGGUUCUACAAGGAGAACGUCUUCCGCAAUCAAGGCUUGAAGUAGAUUAGGUUGAUCUCUGGCUAUCUAAGACACAUGCUUUUAAUAGUCACGAAACAUAGCCAAAUUGCUACGUUUUCUCUGUAUGUUUCACGGCUGGGCUGGCCCUUAUUGCGUUUGUGAUUACCAUAAAAGUGGCCUUUGGAAAGGAUUUUGCCAUCACGAAACAGCAGAACCGUGUCUGAACUAUGAAAUGUUUGUUUUAUUAAAUGAAAUGCCAUUACACCUUGGUGACGCACUGUUUUGACAGUAAAAAUAGGGAACCUUAGUCCAAAUUACCGUAAAAUUCCGAAAAUAAGCCCCGGGGCUUAGAUUUUUCAAAGGCUCUUUUGAGGGGCUUAUAUACGGAGGGAAAUUGGCGUUUCGAAAUCGGCUUUUCUUAUACUGAGAGGGAAAUAUGCGACUCAAAGAAGGUCUUAAUGGGGUAGUGUCUUUUACGGCUAACGGUAAAUAUUUUGGCGUUUUUUUACCGCUAACGGUUAAUUUUUUUCGUUACGGUUGACGGGUCUGUUGAAAAUUAAUUACCAUUGUUUUGUCAAAUUAAUUUUCAUUGCUGUAAGAAAUUUCAAGUCUCAGGAACAUUCUGGUCUAUAUCUUCAUUCCUACACUGCGGUUUUUUGACGUAUAGUAUACAAAACAAAUAAAACAAGAAAGUAUAUUUACUCGCAUUUGUGAAAGCGAAAUAAAUGCAGUAAAUGUGCCCAUUGAAACAUUUGAAGUAACAUCCAUGCUGUAUGAAUAACAGUUUUUGGUUUACCUUAAUGUCGUGGCUUACCGUUUUGAAAAAACGUUUCUAAACAUCAAACCGUAUCGUCGCUUUGACUUGUCUUCCAGGCCUUGUCAUCACAGAUUUACAAUUGACCAGUUCCUCUGAGUCAAAAUCCGUCGUGGAAUCAACAUCACUACAAUCGGAAUCGCUUCCGUACUUCUCCACCUGGUUGAAAUUGGCCUCGGUCGCGAAACUUUUAAACUGGAGAAAGUCUAAUAAUAGUAAGAGAUGUCAAAACGUCUGUCAAUUAGUGCUGCGACACCGUUCGACUGACACUUCUAACACUUCCGGUUUGCUUAAUAGUGAGAGUAUCGGCUUUUUUCGCUCUACAAGAUCGUACAAAGACUCGUAAAAUCAUCAGAUUUAAGAUACAUUAAGUUUUCAGUCGAGACCUUGGACAUUUAUUUUUAUGGCCAUAAUUUUUACGGUUAAAAUUUUUUACGGCUAACGGUAAAUUUUUUGGCCGUUCUACGGCUAACGGUAAACCCCAUUGAGACCUUCCUGAAAAUACGUUGGGCUAGCUAUAAAGGUCUAUAGUUGGAAGGAAAUUUAUGUUAGUUGAGGACAUAGAUCUUUCUAAAACUCAGCCAUGUAAGUAUUUUGUCUAUAUGGACCGAGGAAAUCCAAGCCAAGACUGAAGAGUGAAGUAUACGCAAACAGCAUUAUACUGUGACACAUUUGACUGCAAUCAUUUGGCAGACGUAAUAGUUCUUUAAAAAUGUAAAAUUGAUGUGUUACUGUACAGUUUUUGCUUCGGCUUCGGCUUCGGCAGAUAACACAGACCUCGGUUUUGAUAAUUCAUGAUAUCAUGCUCAACCUCAUCCAAUGAUUGUUUAUUAAGCGUCGGUAUUUUUAGUAGUUGUGAUGGAAAACUAACAUAUAAGUUUUGUCUUUGGAAGAGUUAAAGAGUUGUAGUGUGUUAAAAAUAUAUUUUAUUCUAGUUUACCGAAAACCCUGCGUCCGAACCUCAGAAACACCAUUUUUCGAACUCGUAACCUACUAGCCGGGUUGUCAAACAUUAUUUUAGUGAAACGAUACCCGUACAAAUUCAUGGCUGGUAACAAUUUUUCGCGAUACCACUGAAUUCCCGAUUGAAAUUAGAACGCAAAGAAUACAGUUGAACCUCUCUACAACGGCCACCUUGGGGACAAAAUAAAGUAGCCGUUGGAGAGAGGUUGAAACAAAAGUCAAUGUAUGGACUGUCCGCCAAAAAAAGUGGCUGCUGUAGAGAGGUGGCCGUUAGUGGAGGUUCGACUGUAUUCCUUUCUGAUGGAGAAAAUUUUGAGGUCAACCCAAAACCAAAACCAAGACUCCUUUUGUCGAAAACUUUUUUCAGCCAAGUAUUAUUUCUACUAACAUUUUCCAGAAAAUGAAAAGAAAAUCUUAAAAAGGCAUGCUAAUUAUUGAAAAUAUGUUACUUGUCUUAUCACGAGCAAGGGAUAAACAAUAAAUUCUGAAUCUUAUACCUUCGGAUUCAGCGCUCCGACGCUCUACCACUGAACAAAUAAAACCAAUAGAAAACUGAAACAACAGGAACUGAUGCGUUUGAGUGUAACGCCCGGUUCAGAUCCCGAACCUUUCAUGAGCCGAACCUAAUUCGAACUGAGGCCGACCCAAAUUAUAAGACCGGCUGAAUUGAUUCAGACGCCGACCUAAUUGUAGUUGAUCUCAGUACCAAAAGACGAAAAAUGUCGGUCAAAAUACUUACAAAAUACGUUAUAAUAAUCUAUGCAUUAGGUUCGGUACAUGAAAAGUCGGAGUCUGAAUCAAAGCCGUUCCAAAGUCGCUCCAAAGGUGAAAUUCCCGGCCAGGCUAGGCGAAAAGAACGGCUGAGCCGUUCCAAAUUGAAACAGGCGUACCUAAUUGAUUCAGACGCCGACUUUNGGUACAUGAAAAGUCGGAGUCUGAAUCAAAGCCGUUCCAAAGUCGCUCCAAAGGUGAAAUUCCCGGCCAGGCUAGGCGAAAAGAACGGCUGAGCCGUUCCAAAUUGAAACAGGCGUACCUAAUUGAUUCAGACGCCGACUUUUUCAUGUCUGACUUAAUUCAAUGUAUUAGGUUCGGCUCAUAAAAAGUUUGGCGUCUGAACCGGACAUAAGGCAACUACGAUUUAAAUCGUCAAUAACAGAAAAAUGAGGAUUUAUAUUCUCUUCAACAGGAUUUCUGCAUGCAUCUGUAUAUGGAACAGAUGAACCUCACGUGCUGGGCAACUUAGAUGUAUGGAAAUCUGAUGGUCAUUGGGCUUCUCUUACCAUAUGUCCAUCACGUGACGACAAGAUAGGUCGAGAAAAGCAUCUGUUACUCUCAGGGACGCCAAACCUUGGUUUUAAAGUGCAGGUAGAAAGUUCUGUUGAGAGAAUAAUGCUAAAUGAUCCAGUGAAGUUCGAUUUAGGCCCUCAGGAAUCGAACAAAGUUUUCCAGUUCAUCCCAGAAGGAGACAUCUCUGACAUGCAACUUGACGUCACGGUCAAUUCUGAAUCUGAUGACGUACCAGCUUACUUAAAAGUAUCACGUGAUUGUGAGGAUGUAAAUGAGAACGUUGACGUUGUGGACUACAAGGGAGAGUCAAUUCGUCUGUCGUUCGCCAAAAAGGACGGAUUACUUUGUCGAAAGUUUCCAUUCCACCAUUGA